CGGCCGGACUUCAGAGACCUCGGCUGAGAAGCGGCUCCCGCUUCCGCGGAUCUGCGGUGGAGGGUCCCGAGCGGGCCCCGCUUCAGGGGUGAAGACGACAGCGACGGCCCUGCGGGCUGGAAGGACCCAGGAGGCUGGGCUGCAACUUUGGGAUGCCUUGGGAGCCCAGUCCACCAGGAGGAAAAUGCGUCCUGUGUUGGGGUCCUGACACCUGCAGAUGGGGCUUUGCCAUGAUUUCUUCUGGAUGUUUCUGUAAGGAGAUUGUUUCUGUAGAGAAAUGCCACUUCAGCAUCAUAUACACAGUCAUAAAAUUCAUAUCAAGAAAUGGGACCAGCCAGUCUUCCCUGGAACCUGAGGCAAAGAGGAAAAAGUCACACCCUAGGAAUGCAGUGGUGUCCUUUGAAAGAAGAGGAUGCCAUUCCCCGUGUGAGGGCAAUGGAAGCUCAUGGGGGACGACCACCGGAUCCAGAGGGAGAGCGACCAGGAGAGGAUACCAGCGUGAGACAGCGGAGCGGUCGGCCUCCUGAUGUUGGCGGUGCUGAAUGUGUAGAUAACACAGAUGGCAAAUUGCUAAGACAACUGCAAGCUCAAGAAAAAGCCCAACAAGCAGCACAAAUAAAGCUUUUGAGAAAACUCCAAAAGCAGGAACAGGCUCACAUUGCCAAAGAAGCUAAAAAACAACAAGCAAUAAUGGCUGCUGAGGAGAAGCGACAGCAAAAAGAGCAGAUAAAGAUUAUGAAACAACAGAAGAGACUAUGUGGGCAUGGUUUUCUUUUUAAGGAAAAAGAACGGUCGAAGCAAGAAAAACGUGAUGAGAAACGAUUAAAGAAAGAGCUUAAACUAGAGCAACGAAGAUUAGAAUUAGAAAUUGCAAAAGAACUAAAGAAGCCUAAUGAAGACAUGUGCUUAGCAGACCAAAAGCCUUUGCCAGAGUUGCCUCGUAUUCCAGGACUUGUCCUCUCUGGAAGUACAUUUUCAAACUGUCUCAUUGUGGUGCAGUUCUUACGAGUCUUCGGUAAAGCUUUAGGCUUUAAUGGGAAUACUGAUGUUCCAGACCUGAGUAUUCUUCAAGAGGGAUUGCUGAAUCUAGGGGACAGCAUGGCUGAGGUACAAGACCUGCUUGUGAGGCUCCUGUCAGCUGCUGUGUGUGAUCCAGGUCUAAUUACAGGAUACAAGGCCGAAACAGCUCUUGGAGAACAUUUGCUGAAUGUUGGUAUGAAUCGAGACAAUGUUUCCGAGAUCUUGCAGAUCUUUAUGGAGGCCCGUUGUGGACAGACUGAGCUCACCGAAAGCCUGAGGACCAAGGCUUUUCAGGCCCACACUCCGGCCCAGAAAGCCUCGGCGCUGGCCUUCCUGAUCAGUGAGCUGGCGUGCAGCAGGAGGGUGGUGAGUGAAAUUGACAAGAACACUGAUUAUAUGUCAAACUUGAGGAGAGAUAAAUGGAUGGUAGAAGGUAAACUCCGCAAGCUCCGAAUCAUUUAUGCUAAGAAAGCAGGCAAGAGAGACACUUCAGGUGGCAUCGAUCUUGGAGAAGAGCAGCACGCGUCGGCCACCCCCACAGCAGGAUACAAGCGAAGAAGGAAGGGCGGCGACAGUGACGCUGAUGGCAACGAGGAGGAGGAGGAGGAGGAAGACAAGGAAGACAGAAAAGGAAAGAAAACUGAUGUCUGUGAAGAUGAGGAUGAAGGUGACCAAGCAGCAAGUGUUGAAGAGCUAGAAAGACAGAUUGAAAAGCUGAGUAAACAACAGAGUCAGUACAGAAGGGAGCUCUUCGAUGUGUCUCACUCUUUACGUUCAGUGAUGUUUGGCCAGGAUCGUUACAGACGUCGGUAUUGGAUUUUUCCCCAGUGUGGGGGGAUUUUUGUAGAAGGCAUGGAGAGCGCUGCAGGGCUGAAAGAAAUUGCAAAAGAAAGAAAAAAACGAAAAAAAGCAGAAAGCAUCCAGACCAAAGAAAUAUUUGAUACUUCUGACGACACUUUAAAUUGUUCAAAUCCGGAUCAUUGUGAGCAAAAGGAAGAUCCUAACGAAAAAGAUAACACAAAUCUAAUUCUUCAGAAUCCUGGCUCUUUUUCCAAACUAAGCAAGCUUUUAGAAGUAGCUAAGGUGCCUCCUGAGUCAGAUGUAACGACCCCCAAACCAAAGAGCGGUGCAGAUGGGUGCGCACUGCCUCACCAGAACCGUGGGAGACACUCACCGGGCAGCAUGCAGCCAACGGUGACACAGAACAGCGUGGAAGGGACAGACUCGAAUCUGGUCAGUACCGGUUCAGGUGGUGCAGGCAAGGUCUACAGUCCUCCCCCCAGGGACCAGUUGUUACUGCCAAGAACACCUUGGGAGGACGCUUCCCUUACCCAAGCCGAUGCGCCAGCUGCUUCUUCACCAACUCCUCGGGCCCAGCCGCCCUCUAAGUCACCUGCAGCUCUUGAAGUAGCCAAACCAGUAGAUUAUCCUAGUCCAAAGCCUAUUCCAGAAGAAAUGCAGUUUGGCUGGUGGAGCAUUACUGACGCAGAGGAUUUAAAAGCUUUGCUCAAAGUGCUACAUCCCAGAGGCAUAAGAGAAAAGGCAUUACAAAAACAAAUUCAGAAACACCUGGAUUACAUCACUCAAGCCUGCAUCGAGAAUAAGGAUGUUACCAUUAUUGAAUUAAAUGAAAAUGAAGAAAACCCGGUAACUCGAGAUAUUGUGGAGAAGUGGUCAGUAGAAGAACAAGCAAUGGAAGUGGAUUUGAGGAUUCUUCAACAGGUAGAAGAUCUGGAAAGGAGAGUCGCAUCAGCAAGUUUGCAAGUAAAGGAAAAUCUGCAAGAAUCUAGUCCUGAUUCUGUAGAAAGCCGAAUUACUCUACUAGCUCCUGGUUGGAUGUGUCCAGAACCGGCAUCAGAAAGGGAGGACUUGGUCUAUUUUGAACAUAAGUCAUUUUCUAACUUGUGCAAGGAGCACGAUGGAGAAUUUACUGACGCAGAAGAAAGCAGUGCGCAUGCACUAGAGCGGAAGAGCGACAACCCCCUAGAUAUAGCUGUAAGCAGGCUGUCUGAGUUGGAGCGAAACAUUGAAAGGAGGUAUCUGAAGAGCCCCUUAAGUACCACCAUUCAGAUCAAACUGGAUAAUGUGGGCACAGUUACUGGCCCUGCUCCUGCACCAUCCACUAGUGGUGAUGAUGACGGAAUUGAAGAGGAUAUUGUUCCCGGUCUCAGGGUGUGGCGAUGGGCAUUAUCAGAAGCUCGCAGUGCUGCCCAGGUGGCUCUGUGCAUUCAGCAGUUACAGAAAUCCAUAGCAUGGGAAAAAUCCAUUAUGAAAGCUGCAAGUUCACUGAAAAGGGGCCGCAAAAACAGAAAAAGGAAAAUAGAGGAAAACACCUGCGGUACUGGAGUAAAACAAGAACGCUGUACUCGUGGAAAGAAACUGAAACAGGACAACUCUGACCCGACUCUUGGCAGCCUUACUAAAAUGCAAACUCGUCUCAAUAAAGACAUGAAAAAAAGAAAAAUAGAAGAAAACACCUUCACUAACUUACCAAACCAGGAAAGCUUUCAUUCUGUAAAGAAAAGGAAGCAAGACCACUCUGACCUGACUCUUUCCAGUACCCUUACUGAAAUGGACAGUCAUGAAGAUGCACGGCCUUUUGUAGAACUGCCGGAGUGCAGCACACGGAGUCGUCUGCGUUUCCGCCUCAGGGAUGGAAGACACGUUUUUAUUAAAAGUGCGUAAGCAGCUUUAUAAUAACAUGUCUGGUAUCUGGGGGUCUCGUCAACAAGAAAUAAAGUGGUUAAACACACACACAGAGCAGUCUUUCAAGAAUGAUCAUUUUCUUUUAAACAAAUACAAUAUCCCUGAAUAAAGGAAAGCUUGGUGUGCAUAUUGGCUACUUUGGGCUGGUGUUUUCAUCACUGGUGGUACAUACUCAGCAGGAGCAGCUGGGCAGGAAGUAGUGGGCAUGGUAUGAAAAUGGCAGUUGGUCCAGUACUAAUUGUCACUGUACGUGUGGGUAUCAUUUGUUCUGUGACUGACUUGCACUCGAGGUGCCCUAGGGUGAGUGUAUCCUCAAGCCCCUGGCACGGUUCUCCUCAAAUAACCAAAGUCCUCCU